ACUUCCUUCUGGACAAAGAUUCCUACUACCCGAAACUAUUCUCAUUAUGGAUACAUUAAACAGGAAAUAUAGUUCUGUCCCAGAGACGACGAGUAUGAAUACCGCAGAUAACGGGGUCAACUGUCUGUGUGCCAUAUGUGGGGACAGGGCUACGGGAAAGCACUAUGGAGCCUCGAGCUGUGACGGGUGCAAGGGCUUCUUCAGACGCAGCAUUCGCAAGAGUCACGUCUAUUCCUGCAGGUUCAAUCGGCAAUGUGUUGUUGACAAAGACAAAAGGAAUCAAUGCAGAUACUGUCGAUUAAGAAAGUGCUUUAGAGCAGGCAUGAAAAAAGAAGCUGUGCAAAAUGAACGUGAUAGAAUAAGUACCAGAAGAAGCACAUUCGACGGCAGCAACAUCCCCUCCAUUAACACACUGGCACAGGCGGAAGUUCGGUCUCACCAGAUCUCAGUCUCAAGCGCCGGUGCAAGCACUGACAUAAAUGUUAAGAAAAUUGCCAGUGUUGGUGAUGUCUGUGAAUCCAUGAAACAGCAGCUCCUGGUGUUGGUGGAAUGGGCUAAAUACAUUCCUGCCUUUUGUGAGUUACCGCUAGAUGAUCAGGUGGCACUGUUGAGAGCUCACGCAGGGGAACAUUUACUGCUUGGAGCUACAAAGAGAUCCAUGGUAUAUAAAGAUAUUUUGCUUUUGGGAAACAACUACGUUAUUCACCGCAACAGCUGUGAAGUCGAGAUCAGCCGUGUGGCCAACCGGGUUCUAGAUGAGCUGGUCCGACCAUUUCAAGAAAUUCAGAUUGACGACAAUGAAUAUGCUUGUUUGAAGGCAAUUGUAUUUUUUGAUCCAGACGCGAAAGGGCUAAGUGAUCCCGGGAAGAUUAAAAACAUGCGGUUCCAAGUGCAGCUAAGUUUGGAGGACUAUAUCAACGACCGGCAGUACGACUCCAGGGGCAGGUUUGGGGAGCUGCUUCUGCUCCUCCCCACGCUGCAAAGUAUCACUUGGCAAAUGAUUGAGCAAAUACAAUUUGUUAAGCUUUUUGGGAUGGUUAAAAUUGACAACCUACUUCAGGAAAUGCUACUGGGUGGUGCUUCCAGUGAUGCUAACCAUCUCCAUCAUCCAAUGCACCCACAUUUAUCUCAAGAUCCAUUAACUGGACAAACUAUACUUUUGGGUCCCAUGUCAACACUGGUUCAUACAGACCAAAUCUCAACUCCUGAAACGCCACUUCCUUCCCCACCUCAAGGCUCUGGACAAGAACCAUACAAAAUAGCUGCAAACCAAGCUUCGGUCAUUUCACACCAGCCUCUCUCCAAACACAAGCAAUUGUGAGAACACGUUUACUUCUGGACGGCACUGCAGAAAUGUGAAAAGGUGUUGGCCUUGCGAUAUCUCAGGAUAGCACUUUUGGCAGACCCUUAGCCAAGGCUCCUUCAUGGUGCUGUAUAAGGUGGAAUCCCGUUUUCUUGUUUAUAUGCUCACGCCGUUUGUUGUUGCUGUUGUUUAAAACCUUUAGACGCAACCAAUGUAUAUCUGAGUUUCUGUAUGUUCAUAUAGUAUAUGUUUUCCAACUUCCCUUGUACUGUGCCUGAACCAGUGGAAUCUUAUGUACUACUUUCAUUUGUUGUCUUAUUAUUAAUUUAAAUCUGUAAAUAAUUGCUUUAUGGUGAUGUGAUGCGGAACUAAGCAUUCUUUUUUUUGACCGAGAACAGUAGAUCAGAAAUCCCAGAUUCAUAUUAAAUGAACCAACUCUUUAAAUAAAUUUUAAACCUUGCAAACUUGAAAAACAAAGCAGUUGCUGUAGAAUACAGUGUGUUUCUUUGAAGAAUCACUUAAGGAUAUCCUGUGGCUAAGAAGCAUCUUUUUGGUCCACAGUUAAAUAUUGCCUAUAAUAAGUUUAGAAAAUUAUAAAUAAGCAUUCCAAAGAUGCCUGGGUAUUCCUUGAAAUCUGCUGGUAUUUGAAGAUGUAUGUUAAGAUAAAACAUGUUAGUUUUAACAGAUAGGAUACAAGCUAAACUGUAAAAAAGAAACUCUUAAAAAGAGUGGCACAACAAAAACAGACAUUGUUUCCCUCUCCUCAGUCAGUCUAGAAGUUGUCAUCCAUUGAUUAGAACUUAGCAGGUGCCCACAUCUAGUUCCCAGGGAGGCCCGGAGGGUAGUCUUUGGAUAGAAAGCCCUUGCGCCAACUAAAACUGAACGUGUCUGGGCUUCGGAUAUUUGCAGACAAGUUAGCCAUCUGUCACACGUGUUGCCUCAUUUCUUUUAUAAAUAAAGCAAGCUUUAGCUUGGAGGGGUUAAGUCACGUAACCAAAGUUCAUCAACCUAAAGAGUAGGAGAGCCACAUUCAAGCCCAGGUCUGACUGACUUUGAUGAGAAAAAAUCUUUGGUUGUAAAGCAAAUGUGAGCCUCUUACUAUGGUUUCUAAAUAUAUGCAAUUGAACGAUGAUUGAAUAUUACCCAUUGUGUUACCUGUAACACAGGUUUCCAUGUAAGUAAUGAAUGUAAAUUUGUUUCAGAAUAAGAAACCACUUCUGUACUUUCGAUGAGUCUUCUCUCUGGGAAGUACGAAACGAACUCUUAAACAGAUUACAGAAAAUAAAAUAUAUACCAGGUAGGCUAUGAUGAAAGCAAAAACAAAUUUAAAUCACGGACUCAGCACGUUUUCAAAAAUCCAGUGGGCUGAGGAGUAUAGUUCAUUGGAGACAGAAAAAAUGAUAUUAUCUAAAGCUGGAGCUUAUUUUAAAACAGUUAAUGAUGGGCUGCUUGAGAAACAGUGAUAUCUCUCUCUCCUCUCUCUCUCUCUCACACACACACACACCACACACACACACAUACACACACAAUUUAUUUGCUGAAGCAGGGAAAAACUUUUAGGAAUUAUUGUAUAGGAAGGGUUUCCCAAGCUGCAAGAGACUGAAUUAAAUGAUUUUAAUAGAACCUUUCAAAAUAUCUAAGAUUAUAAUUUCAUAGUCCCCGCUUCCCCUGCAAAUAAAAAGCUUCUGUUAAUGUUGAACUAACUUAAUAACUCUUAAAAUGAAAAAAUGAUUACUUAGAAGCUAUCAUUGAUUUAACAGAAUCAAAAUUCCUUUAAGAGCUGGUACCUGGAAACUGUAAAAUAUAUCUUUGAGAGAGAGUUAGGACAGAAAAAAGAAUGUAACUCAUUUUUUUUGAAAAUUUAAACUAGAGUCUCUAUUUCAUGAAUAAAAAUGCUUUUGAUUUUUAUAAAUGGACAUAUCUUUUGUAGUUUUGGUUUAAUUUCUUGCGUGGUUUUCUUAGAAGAUACUAAAAAACCUUUAAAAUAAAAAACAUAAUUCAUUUUUAGUGAACCCUCUAACUUGUCUGCAUUUAUUUACUUUGCAGCAGUGUUUUAGAAAUCAUUGCUAAUGAAUUUGUCUUAAGUAUGGUCAGGGAAUGUGUAAUAUAAUAUUUUUGUAUAUUUAACUGCCAAAAAUGCUGGACAAAGGGGAACUGAAGUUUUCAGCAUAUUUUCAAACCAUUGAUAAGGAAACUUGUUGCUUUCAUAUAGCACAAAACUGUUUUCAGGUAAUAAGAAAGAAUAAUUUAUUGUGAAAUAAUGAUUCAUUUUAUAAAUGUAAAAUUAUUUUUAUAAAUUUCAUUGUUGAAAAUCAAAAAUGACUAGAUUUUUUUAAAAUGUUAAAUUAUAGUGAGAUUAAACUAUUUCUAAGCUGUGAUACCAUGUUGUUUCACUGAACUUUCUAAAUAAAA